UGGCCCAAGAGGCGCCCAAGACGGCCCAAGAGGGCCCCAAGACGGGCCCAAGAGGGGGACCACGAACCGACGAGUCCCGCCCAUCGCCCCGAGACGCUCCCGGGAGGCCGGCGAGCAGUGGGGGCUGGCCAAGUCGCUGCUCAGCGAGAUGUGGGUGGCGAUGCUGGAGCCCAGCCUCGCGCGCGAGAAGGUGCGAGCAGUGGCAGCGGGCCCAGUCGCUGCUCAGCGAGAUGUGGGUGGCGCUGCUGGAGCUCAGCCUCCCGCGCGAGAAGUGCGAGCAGUGGCAGGCUGCCCAGUUGCUGCGCAGCGAGAUGUGGGUGGCGAUGCUGCAGCCCAGCCUCACGCGCGAGAUGCGCGGGCAGCAGCGCUCGGCCCAGUCGUUACACAGCAAGAUAUGCUUGGCAAUGCUGGAGCCCAGCCUCCCGCGCGAGUAGUGCGAGCAGUGGCGGGAGGCCCAGUUGCUGCGCAGCGAGAUGUGGCCGGGGAUGCUGGUGCCCGGCCUCGCGCGCGAGAAGUGCGAGCAGCGGCAGUCGGCCCAGUCGUUGCUCAGCAAGGUGGGCGGCGAUGCUGGAGCCCCGCCUCACUCGCGAGAAGGGCGAGCAGUGGCAGACGGCCCAGUCGCUGCUCAGCGAGAUUUGGGCGGCGAUGCCGCAGCCCACCCUCGCGCGCGCGAAGGGCGAGCAGUGGCUGCCGGCCCAAUCGCUGCUCAGCGAGAUGCGGGUGGAGACGCUGAGGCCAAGCCCCACGCGCGAAAAGUGUGAGCAGUGGCGGCUUGGUGCUCAGCGAGAUGUGGGCGGCGAUGCUGGAGCUCAGCCUCGCGCGCGAGAAGGGCGAGCAGUGGCAGCAGGCUCAGUCGCUGCUCAGCGAGAUGUGGGUGGCGCCGCUGGAGCCCAGCCCCAGUCCCUGCUCAGCGAGAUGUGGGUGGCGACGCUGGAGUCCAGCCUCACGCGCGAAAAGUGUGAGCAGUGGCAAGCGGUCCAGUCGCUGCUCAGCGAGAUGUGGCGAUGUUGGAGCCCAGCCUCGCGCCCGAGAGGUGCGAGCAGCGGCAGUCGGCCCAGUCGCUGCCCAGCGAAAUGUUGGCAACGUCGCUGGUGCCCAGCCUCACGCGCGAGAAGUGCGAGCAGUGGCAGCCGGCCUUGUCGCUGCUCAGCUAGAUGUUGGCAACGAAGCUAGAGCCCAGCCUCACGCGCGAUAGUUGCGAGCAGUGGCAGCCGGCCCACUCGUUGGUCAGCGAGAUGCGGGCGGCGAUGCUGGAGCCCACUGUCCAGAGCUACAGUGCCCCGAGCUGCGCGUGCGAGAAGUGCGAGCAGUGGCGGUCAGCCGAAUUGCUGCUCAGCGAGAUGUGGGUGGCGAUGGUGGAGCCCACCAUCAAUGGGAGCUACGAGCUCCCGAGCAGCGCGUGCGAGAAGUGCGGGCAGUGGCAGCCGGUCCAAUCGCUGCUCAGCGAGGUGGAGGCGACGAUGCUGGAGCCCAAUGCCCUCAGGAGCCACAUCGCCCCAACCAGCUUGCGCGAGAAGUGCGAGCAGUGGCAGCCGCUCGAGUCGCCUCGCAGCGAGAGAUGGUGCGGGUGGCGAUGGUGGAGCCUGCCAUCAUCGGGAACUACAGCGCCCCGACCAUUGCGCGCGAGCGAAGUGCGAGCAGUGGCGGCCGGCGCAGUCGCUGCUCAGCCAGAUGUGGGUGGCGAAGCUGGAGCCCGCCAUCCUCGUGUGGCUCGAGCGGCGAGCGCGAGAAGUGCGAGCGGGGCAGCAUGCCCAGUUGCUGCGCCGCGAGAUGUGGGCGGCGACGCUGCUGCCCACCAGCGCCAUGAGCUUUGCCUGGAGCAGCGCGCGCGAGAAGGGCGAGCAGCGGCAGCCGGCCAACUCGCUGCUCAGCGAAAUGUGGGCGGGGAAGCUAGGGCCCGUUGUCCGGACUUACAGCGCCCCGAUCAGCGCGUGACAGAAUUGCGGGCAGUGGCGGCCGGGCCAUUCGCGUCUCAGCGAGAGAUGAACCCCGAACAGCGCGCGCGAGAAUGGCGGGCAGAGGCAGUGACAGCAGGACGCUGCGACGAUCGCGCGCGAGAAGCGCGGGCAGUGG